GUCUAAAACGGCGUAUUUGAAUACAUUAAGUAUUUCACGUGUUUUGAUUGAAGUAGAUUUGCUUGUGCGUGUUGGAAUACAGCGUGGCAUGUGUGUCCUUAUGGCGUAUUAAUAGGCUAAUCCUUAAAUUAUUACAUGUGUUUGUUUAAAAGAGAAACUCGCAGCAAAAUAGAACGUUUAUGUUUUUAAAUAUGGGAUGACGUUUGCACGCGUUACAAAACAAACAGGUGUAUUGUGACGUGGCUGAUGCAGGGCGUGCUAGCGCGUGUUGAUUUGAAUAGAGUACUCAACCCUUCGCCACCGAGACAAAGCUUUGUCAAAGAGACACUGAUAUUCAGACAAGACAGACCUGUUUUCAUGCGUUGCGUCUGCAUAAUACGUAUUUAAUGAGUCAUUGUAGAAGACAGGACUGAGAGGAUACUGGACCGUGAUUCAGAGACUGAAGAAAUGAUUCAAAACAACGAGAGAAGUUUCACUGAUUGACUCAUGCUUUGACAUUAGAGAAAAGAUUCUUGGAUAUCCAAAAUGGCAGCUGCAAAAGUAAAGUCAAACAGUCGUGCAGGGAAUCUGCUUCGGAGUAGAUCAGAGGGGACUCUAAUAGAUGUAGAUGAGAAUGUGACCAUUAACAACAACAACCUUCAUGGGGGCUAUGGUUAUGACAUUGGAAAAACCUCAGAGUGGCCUGUCCUACCGAAUGAAAUUGAAAACCCAAAACAAACUACCAACCCCUUCUGGAAUCAGCUGGGCAGGUCAAACCCAUUCUUAAAUGAAAUCGUCCAUGCCAGCAAUUACGACUCUGGAGUGUCCAUGCUGAAAGAGGAUCCUUUAUCUCUGUUCGACAGUAUUAAUGAGGACUCACUCAGCACAUCCUCAGAUGAAACAAACUUUAAUCAUCUUUUGGCACCUAGACAAAACAAUUUAAACCGAUCUGGGAGGUGGAGAAGUGCCUCUGAUAUACUUGACAACCUUGAGCAGAAGGAAGACAAGAGGACGAAGAGGCUUAACUCUCAGGAACCCUUCCUGAAUCCUGAUUUUGAGUGGUUGAAGAAUGACAGAGAAGCUUACAAAAUGGCUUGGUUGAGUCAUAGGCAGCUAACCAGGUCCUGUUUGGAUCUGAGCCUAAUGAAACAAAGUCCUGGAUGGGCCCAGACUCAGGCCACAGACAUUCAAAUCUUCUGCAAGAUCGACCACAAUGGCGGCUCUGUGCAAUUGCCAGAUGCCGAUAUCACUGCCCAUAUUCCUCAGGGACACGUCCCCCCAGGUGAAAUCCAAGAAAUCGGCCUCAAAGUACUCCUCGAUCCUCCCCCUGGUAUGAACAACAAUUACACCACAACCCUAAGUCCUCUUUUAGAGGUCAGCCUCAGUAACCAUAAUGUUUCGGGGGGCAUUUCAAUGGAGAUGAGAAUGGCUGCCAAAGUAAAAAGUGACCCCACAAGCCACGUAUUGACCUCAUUCAUAGGUCUAGCUUCUCAAAGGAAAGAAGGACCUUAUCAGAAGAUAAAAGACUGUUACAUAUACAAUGAUAUGUUACAGAUGAAGCUCUUUGAUUUAAAGCCGCGCAUGUAUGUCAUAACUGCUGCCGAGGCCACAGUUUUGGAGCAACCUGCUAUGUCAGUGUGGGAUUACUUGGAUCGCCAUCUCACGGUGGCCGUCUACGGUCCCAAGCACAUACACCCAUCGCUCAAAGUAGUGCUGGUCAUAUCGAGCCAUGAUAAUAUUCCACCCAGGCUCCCUUUCUCUGAUAUCCAGAGGGAUGGUAGGAACCUGCCUCCUGUUGUCUUGGAGCUUUGGGGAAAGCAUCAAUUCAACCCACAUGGUCUUAAAGAUCUUCAAAUUGCUUCUAGGGUGUUGGAUUCAAACUUUGAAGUGAAAUCAGCAGAUCUGAAUAAAGAGGUAAUGCAGGAGCAGCUUAAAGCAGGAAAAGUGCUUCAUCUACCGUUGGAUUUGGUCAAGGUGACUGGGGGUGAAAUGUGUCCCUUCCAACUCAACAUUGAGGUAAAGGAUCCAAACAGUCUCACUUUAGGUAAUUUCAACAUUACUUCCCCUGAAGCUGCCCCUUUGAGGUCAGAAAAACACAACCACAGGCGAGCAGAUCGGCAGAGGGAAGUUACUCGUUCCACACCAAUUCCUGAGGAAUCGAUCCCAGACAUCCUUACCCAGAAGUUUCAGGACAGAACUGUGGAUUUGCAUUGGUACGGGGUAACAAUGAAAUCGAUUCUCAGACAACCAAGAGUGGAAUAUCUUCUGGAAUACUUCAAGGGUGAUACAAUUGCUCUGCUUUCUAAAGAAACUGUUAAGUCUGUUGGUCAGAUGAAGGUCAAAGAAUGGUACGUUGGCUUUCUCAGAGGAAGAGUUGGGUUGGUGCACUGCAAGAACUUGAAGGUCAUAACUAAGGAUCAAGUCAUCGACUUUACUGGAAUUAAACUCACCACAUCAGUCCUUUUGGACAAUAUGGCACUUCCUUUUAAAAAACUCACCUACAUGUACUCUGCAAUUCAGACCCUGGUCACAGAGCACGUGAAGUGCUGGAGAACCUUUGCUAAGGCUCUCGGUUACUCAGAGGUCUCCAUUGAUGCCAUCUCCAGGAGACACGCUGACACAGAGGCAGAGAAGGUAGCUUGUGUUCUAGAGAAGCUCAAGGAAGACUGUCAUGCAGAGAAGAUCAAGAAAAAGUUCCAGCAUGAGCUAAUCAUAGGGCUGUUAAAGAUGGAUGUUCAAGGUGCAGUAGCCCAUCUCAUCCAGGAUAUAGUGAUUCUAUCCACAGCAGUCGAACUGGGAGUGCGAUGGAGGGAACUUGCCGAGAGACUGUGGAAGCUCUCCAAUGCCCAAAUUGCUGCUUAUGAGGCACCACACAAAGGCAAAAAUGGAGAAGUUAGUUCCCAGUCAAUGUGGAAGCCUGCAUAUGACUUCCUGUAUUCCUGGAGUAAGCGGUACGGGGAUGGCUACAGGGAUAUGAUCCAGGACCUUCACCUGGCCCUGGAUAAAAUGAAGAGCCCAGUGACCAAGCAGUGGAGACAGAUUACUGGAGCUCUCAUUACUGUAAACUGCAUGGAGGUCCUAAGGGCAUCCGCCUUCCCCAGAGAUUAGGAGACGAUUCCUGGAGCAUCUGCACGCCAAAUGGAGGUGAUCCUGCUGAGUUCAUACUUACACCAGUGCCAUAUUUUGACAUGAUAAAUAUUAGGUGGCAUCUACCCUGUUAUCUGAAAAGUGAGUAUUUGUAACUGUGCACCUAUCUGUGUAUUUUAUGUGUUGUAUUCUUGUGGAAUUCACUGUGACAAUUGUGAAAGCUGUUGCCUGGUUCUUAAAAAGGUUGUUACUAAAUCCCCUAUGCAAUGUUAAGGGUUGUUGGUGGAAAGAAAUGGGAGAAUUAUUCAUUUUGAUAGAGAUGGAAUCUGAAACAUUUUCAUUCUAGAUGAACUGCCUCAAGGUUACCUCCUUUCGUUGUUUUACUUGAGCUGUUUUGCUUGAACUGUAAGUGUCUGUAUCAGUACAUUUUAAUAUUUGAAGCUGUAUGUGGAGUAUCUGGUAUAACUGCCUUAUUGGAAUGCAAUAAUUAUUCGUAUCAAUGUAUAUUGAUAAUUUCACUAACCAAGAAUGUACCGUUAUACUAGGUUUAACAUGUAACAUCAUAUCUUUGUAUGAUACUGAAAAAAAUUGUAUUGAUGUAUUUUUAUAUGUUGUGUAUUGCUAGUUGUCAUUUUAAAUGUACUAACUACAGUGUUUAAGAGUGAGGGUCCUUGUAUAAUUGCAAACCUUUGUUGCGUUAGAAGAGUCUUUAAAAUCUAUUUUGUAUUGCUGUAUUUUUUAAUGCUAAUACACUUUGAGAGUUAUAAUUAAACUGUAAACUUUUGUAAUGAAGGAGCUCUAUAAUAAAGGGCAAAGACAUUAAUAAUA